AUCACUUUCUCUCUCUGAAAAAUAAAAAAGGAAAUUUAUUAUACUGUCUCCCUAAAUUUUCUCAAGCGUUUUUAGAAUCUUUGAAAAUCCAGCAGCAAAAAGACGUAGCAGUCUCCAACUCGAACACUCCAAUUCUUUCAGCAGGUGGAAUACAGUUGGUUGUCUGGAUUUGCAUCAAGGACAUUGGAACACAAAUUGGUUCAUUAAUACCCUGGUAUGUAAGGUAAAGGACGUUAAAAUAUUUGCAGCAUUCAUCCAGCUGGAAACUUGAAUUAUGGCUAGUGGAGAGGAUACAAAAGUUACACGUGAAGAUAUACAGUUGGUGCAAAAUCUUAUUGAAAGAUGUCUUCAGCUUUACAUGAGCCAGAAGGAAGUUGUCAAUACCCUUCUACAUCAGGCUAAAAUUGAGCCUGGUUUUACUGAACUAGUGUGGCAAAAGCUUGAAGAAGAAAACCAGGAAUUUUUUAGGGCGUAUCAUCUGAGGUUGAUAGUGAAGGAUCAAAUAUCAAGAUUUAAUGAGUUGCUGGAAAGACAGGUGGAGCUAAUGAGUCAGAUAUGUCCAACGGGAAUUGCUUCGAUUCCCAUGUCUAAUGGCUCUCAGAUUCCGUCAAUGAACCACAAUACGGUGUGCCCUGCACCCGAACAUACUGUUGGCAUCUGUAAGACAGAAACAAUGCACCAAGAUGUGAGUACGAGUUUGCAUCAUACAUAUGAUAAUGGUGCAUCCUCGUUACCACAAGGUAUUACAACCACCAUUGACUUUUCGGCCCAUGCCCAAAGGAUUGACAUACCACCAAAUAUGCUUUUGGCCCAGAACUCAAAUGUUGGUAUUAUGCAAGGGAUGAAUGGUGGGGUAAUCAAAUCAGAAGCCGGCUAUGCAGGAAAUACCCCCUUUAUGUUUGGUCCUAAUGGCAAUGUCUUGGAGCCCCGUCCUGCAGUUGGAGAUGUUUCUCUUUCAUCUUACAAUAAUACAGAAUCCAAUGCACAACCACUAAACAGGGCAAUCUUGGAUCCAGAAACUACUCCUUUUGGGUUCUUGGGGCAGAUUCCGCGGAACUUCAGUCUAUCAGACCUGACAGCUGACUUCUCUAAUAGCUCUGAUAUUAUAUUAGAGAGCUACUCCAGGUCACCCUUCCUUGCAGCAGAUCCCAACAGCUUCCAGGAUCCUCGUGGUAGGGGAGAACAUCAAGGCUCAAUUGCUCCAUAGGAUAGAAGUUUUUGUACAUAGUUUUUGCAAGUGAAGUUAUUCAGAAUUUUGAAGUAGUUAUUCGUGCACGCUGGGGGAAUAAUGUGCUGAUUUGCAGAUGAAAAGUCGUUUGCUGCUGCUCAGAAAAGCUGGAGUUGCUUUUUUUUGUUAGUGUUGUGGACAUCUUUGAUAGAAAAUUGGGUUUUGCUGGUAAUGCUUGUAAAUGGUAAGACUGUUUUGAUAACGAUUUGGUAUUUUAUCUUAUAUAGAAAAGCUGAAAGCUGAU